GUCGCCGACACCACCUAGCAGAGUGAGCGCGGCCUCCGAGGGGCGCCGGACGCCGGAGCCAUGACCCUCCGCCGACUCAGGAAGCUGCAGCAGAAGGAGGAGGCGACGGCCGCGCCGGACCCCGCUGGCCGGGCUCCCGACUCCGAAGCCGCUCGCGCCGCGCCGACCCCCUCCGGACCCCCGGCUGCUGCUGCUCCGCCCGGAGCACCCGGGGAGGAGCUGUACGCAGCACUGGAGGACUAUCACCCUGCCGAGCUAUACCGCGCGCUCGCUGUGUCCGGGGGCACCCUGCCCCGCCGAAAGGGCUCAGGAUUUCGUUGGAAGAAUUUCACUCAGAGUCCUGAACAGCAACGGAAGGUUCUGACUUUGGAGAAGGGGGACAACCAGACCUUUGGCUUCGAGAUCCAGACUUAUGGCCUUCAUCACCGGGAAGAGCAGCGUGUAGAGAUGGUGACCUUCGUCUGCCGAGUUCAUGAGUCCAGCCCUGCCCAGCUGGCUGGGCUCACGCCAGGGGACACCAUCGCCAGCGUCAAUGGUCUCAACGUGGAAGGCAUCCGGCACCGGGAGAUUGUCGAUAUCAUCAAGGCAUCCGGGAAUGUUCUCAGACUGGAAACUCUGUAUGGGACGUCCAUUCGGAAGGCAGAACUGGAGGCACGCCUGCAGUACCUUAAGCAAACCCUGUACGAGAAGUGGGGAGAAUACAGGUCACUUAUGGUACAAGAGCAGCGGCUAGUACAUGGCCUGGUGGUGAAGGACCCAAGCAUCUAUGACACACUGGAGUCCGUGCGCUCCUGCCUCUACGGUGCAGGCCUGCUUCCAGGCUCGCUGCCCUUUGGGCCUCUGCUCGCUGCGCCUGGGGGUGCCCGCGGGGGCGCGCGGCGGGCCAAAGGGGACACCGACGACGCCGUGUACCACACGUGCUUCUUUGGGGGCGCCGAGCCGCAGGCGCUGCCACCCCCGCCGCCCCCCGCGCGCGCGCCAGGCCCGAGCUCCGCCGAGACCCCGGCGUCCGUGCUGUGUCCCGCACCCCGCGCCACGCUCAGCCGCAGCGCCAGUGUGCGGUGCGCGGGCCCGGGCGGGGGUGGCGGCGGGGGCGCGCCGGGCGCGCUCUGGACUGAGGCCCGCGAACAGGCCCUGUGUGGUGCGGGCCUACGCAAGACCAAGUACCGCAGCUUCCGCAGGCGGCUGCUCAAGUUUAUCCCCGGACUCAACCGCUCCCUGGAGGAAGAGGAGAGCCAGCUGUAGGGGCGCGGGUGGGCAGGUGGGAAGUAUUUAUUUAUUUAUUCAUCGUAACAGCCAGUGCAAAAAGUAGUGUCGGUUUAAGGACCCCAGGAGCCCAAAGCUGCGGGAGAGGGUCCUUGCUAGCUCUGGCCCUUCUGGUCGGUUCACGGCUUGUCUGCUGAGAAAAAAAAAAGGGAGACUAGUUGCUUUCUGUCCUCUCCUAAACCUCAGCAGGAGCUCUUCAGGAGGAGAAUAGACACUGGGAGUUGGGAGAGGUCUGGGGGAACCAAAGAGGGCUGUACCAGCCUAAAGUCUGGGUCAGUCGUGCCUUGUGGGGGCCCUGUCCCAAGAAAGCCUCUCCUCAGCUUUUCUAGUUUCCCAGCCCUUACUUAGCCUUGGGGAGAGGAGAUCCACUAUGGAUAAUUCCCAACCCUACAGAGACAGACAGACAGACAGACAGACAGACAGACAGACAGACACUCAUGUGCGUGCGUGUGUGUGCGCGCGCGCAUGUGCGCGCACACAUCAAUGGACCAGUGGGCCCCAAGGGGGCAAGGUGCUGGUCCCCUCCCUCCAACCUUGACCCCUAAGGGCUUAACCCCUGUCGGGGGUCUAUAACUAAGUGGGGUCCUGCCAGGCAGGGGUCCUGGGUUCUGUGCUCCUUGGGGAACAGGAAUGAGUUCAUUCAGGUGGGGUGUGGCAGCAUAGACUGUUCCACCGUUUUCUGCAUAUGUUGCUUCUGAACCACAAACUGUAUAAAAUUGAUGGUUUUUUUUUUGCA